AAAAAAAUUCAUAAGGUAUUAACGUCAAAUCGUUAUUUCGCUUUACGGCACAAAAGGGAUAAGCUAUAUUUGUGUUACCUUCUCUAUAUAAAUAUCAACUUGAGGUCACAAAAUCCAUAACCCAAAAGAGAGAAACUUCAAUGUCACAGAAAAGAAACACACAUAUAACAGAAGAAAUCAUGAAGAAACCUUCUCUUCAUCAACCAAUUCUCUUCUUCUUCUUAGCAACUCUUCUCCCAUUAAUCCUGACCGUCCAUUCUCAACCCUCUCCAUCACCAUCACCAUCACCAUCACCAUCACCAUCCCCAUCAGACGACUCAGAUUUCAUCCAGAGGAGCUGCAACACCACGUUAUACCCUGACGUAUGCGUCUCCUCUCUCUCAAACUUCUCAACCUACGUCCACAACGACCCAGCACUCUUGGCUCGAGCCGCAAUCUCCGUCACUCUCUCCAAUGCUCUCGAGUUAGGCAAAUACCUCUCCAACGUCUCUACUCUCCUUGAAAUCCACGAAGAUGGUGGCCACCACCCAACCGCAGCAGCAGUUUUUCAUGACUGCUUCGAGAACCUAAAAGACGCAGUUGAUGAAAUGAGAGACUCUAUGAAACAGAUGAGGGAUUUGGUCACCACUGGCUCGCUCGAGUCUUUCAGGUUUCAGAUGAGUAACGUGCAGACUUGGCUUAGUGCGGCUUUAACCAAUGAGGAGACUUGUACAGACGAGUUUAAAGAUGUUCAAGAUGAGCCGAGGAAAGAUGAGGUGUGCGCUCGGGUCGAUGGCGUCAAGAAGCUGACUAGUAAUGCGCUGGCCCUAGUUAAUCGAUGUGUUGAUAAUGCGAUACAUUGAUUAUUAUUGAUCAAAUAUACUUCUUAUUUUUUACUUAAAAAAUAAAUUAUUGGUUUCUUUUUUGCUUUUGUUUCUCACGCGUGCAUGAUAGAGAUGUAUAAUAAGAUAAUUCUGUUUGUUAUUGGCUGAAUAGAAGUUCUUGUUAACGCUUUUCGUUUGUGGAAAUUACUAAAAUAAAGUGUGAAAAUUAUUAGUA